AAGGAAACGCGAUUCUGGACUGGCGGCUUCAGACACGAGAUUAGCAACAUGUGGUCAUGGUGCACCAAAGACACUCCUCUGCCCAUCGGCAAUGAACUGUUGAAGAAUAUAUCAAACAGUGCUGAAAUCGAGCGCAACUGCGUGUCGAUAAAUAUUGAUAUGGGCAAUCCUAAAAGUACAAUAAUAGCCAACAUUUUUUGCAACACUGAUGAAACCACGGAUCCGACGCCUCCCAAUCUUGCCUGCGAAUUGAUUGCAAAGAAGCCGAAUGAUAAAAUGAUAGUAAACAGCACUUGCAGGAGUACCAGUUGCGGCAUCAACCACCAGUGCAAGAAAAAUGAUGCAGUGAAGAAAUUAGCCGACAAAGGAGUAGAUAUAUUAAAUAUUAGAUAUGGUUCCGGCAUACAUCUUUCAGCAUGCAGCAGAUAUUUCCUGUUUUCAUAUGAAUCUACAACCUACGACGAUGCCCGUGAGAAAUGCUGCGCUUUGGGCAUGAAACUGCUCUCCGUCAAAUCUGCUGCGAAACGCUAUUGCUUGGCCACUCUCACGAAGAGCUACAUGGAAAAAACAGGGGAUAAUGACAUCUCCGACGUAUUUUGGACCUCUGGCACCGAUCUGGACUGCAAGGGCAACUACCGUUGGUGCUCCGUGGACAGGGCCUUUGUGAAGAGCGAAGUCCGUUGGGCCAACAUUAAACCAAUUGUCAAAUCUGAACGUUGCGUCACGAUUCAAAUGAGUGAUAUGGAAACUAACACAGCUCUGCAAACGGCCGACUGCAGCGCAAUAAAGCGAUUCGUUUGUGAGGUGCGUCAAUCAGGAACUACAGUGCAGUCUAUACAAGAUGAAUGUAUUGAUCUGAUUGGUCUUUCCAAAGACGAAGUUGACGGUCUCGACAUUACAAAAAAUUACACGUACUCGAUGAAGUGCUUCCUUAAAUGUGUCGCGGACAAUUUGGGAAUGAUCAUCUUUGGAAACAUGAAAGGUGGCAAUACACUGCGCCUCAUGGAAAAGUACGACAAGGAAAAUUAUGAUUUCAUCAAAAAUACGCAAACAAUCAACCUAUGCAAUACCAAACUAGUUCCAAACAGCGAUGUUUGCCAGAGUACUUACGAAAUGUUCCUCUGUGGAAUAUCCCGUCAGCGUCAGUUCUUCAACAAAAUAAUGUCACCUAACAAUAAGUCCAAUUAUAAUGACAAUGAACCUACACUAAUGCCAGAAAUACCCCGCGCUUGCUAUAAUAGAAUGAACGUUAGAUGUGGACGUAAUGUAUUUUAUCAAUUGAUAUUAAUUUUAUAUGCAUUUCUAACACAUUUAUUAAAUAAAAACCGAUACAAAGAUGUUUAGUAAGGAAAAUCUUAUUGUUUUUUUUUUAAUAUUAAAUGAUUUAAAAAAUUAGCCUAUGAGUUAAUGACUGGGAUUGACGGUCGAGACUGGCACAAAUCCGCACUAGGCAACUACACCUAUGUCGGCGCAUUUACUUAUUGCUGCGAUCGUGGCAUGCAACUUCCAGCUGCUACAAACCUCGAUGAAUUCAUGAAAAUCCGGGACUGGAUGGAUGGAGCAAAUUACGACAAUUUCUUCGGCGAGACCUAUACUGAUCCGCAGACUAAUGAAGAGAGAUGGUGCUUCACAGACGCCGUGCUCAGUCCAGAGUUGUCAGACGACAACUUCAAACUGGAAAAGGAGCAGAGCUUUUUUUACUCACCAAAGGGAUCUACUGCUCCAAAAAUGCAAUCUGUUCCAUAUUCCAACAUGAGCAGCGUUAUAGUUCCAUUCAUUUAUUGCCAGCCUUUGUAAUGAGAGGAAUCCACAAAUAAUUUAGUGGCACUGACCUG